CAGCUGUGAUGUUUUGGUUGGAGGAGGAGCAGCGGCUGGCAUUUUUCCGAUUAUGUUUUCUGUGUGAAAGAAUAUAUUUUGGUGUCACUAAUUCAUAAGUCAGGUGUAAAUCAAAUUUUAUGGAAAAAUACGAAAAUGCUGUACCGGAUGCGUCUGCGAGCAUCUUCCUUAGUGUUUGGAGGUGCAGUGAGCCUUGCAACACUUGUGCUGCUCUACCAGGUCUUAAGCUUACCUCCAGAAACACAUCCUCCAGGAGAUGCAAAGGAAAUGCGCUCUCUCGAGUCUCGCUUGCAUAGACUGGAAAAUGAUAUACAAUCAAAUCAUCACACCAUCCAAGAGAUCAAAGAUUUGGUCCGACAAUUAGGCAGUGCCAAUAUCAAGGCAAAUGGUCUUCUAGGACCAAGUGAUUCUAUUAGUUUACCAAACAAAUUUGCAAGGAAUAGUCUUAAUGCAAUGAAUGUGAAUGAUAUAAAUGGGCAGGAAGUUCCCCAAAAGAGUGCCUCUGUUGUUAUACAUCACAAUAAGACCUUUGCCAACAUUGCCCAAGAUGACUGUAUAUUUGGACAAGCAGCUGCAUCACCUGUUGAUAUUCAGAUGGAAGAUGUCUACAACAUUCUGAAAUUCGACAACCCUGAUGGUGGCGCUUGGAAACAAGGGUGGAAUAUCCAGUAUGACGAAUCACAAUGGACACCUGAUAAGAAACUAAAAGUCUUUGUUAUUCCACACUCUCACAAUGAUCCAGGUUGGAUCAAAACUGUAGAGCAGUACUUCAGCGAUCAAACACGACAUAUACUCGAUCAUAUGGUACAGAGGUUACCGCAGGAUCAGCGACGCAAGUUUAUUUGGGCUGAAAUGUCCUACCUCUCCAUGUGGUGGGAUCAGCAGCCUGAAAGUGUCAAGGAUGUUGUAAGAAGCCUAGCAGAUCGUGGUCAGCUGGAAAUAGUAACUGGUGGAUGGGUGAUGAAUGACGAGGCAAAUACCCAUUACUUUGCUAUGUUGGAACAGAUGGUUGAAGGGCAUGAGUGGGUUAGACUUAACCUUGGAAUCAAGCCAAACAAUGGCUGGGCCAUAGAUCCAUUUGGUAUGACUCCCACCAUGGCCUACCUGCUGAAGCGCAUGGGCCUGGAGAAUAUGCUUAUCCAACGCGUGCAUUACUCUGUGAAGAAGCACUUGGCGAGGGAAAAGAGCCUAGAGUUUAAGUGGCGACAGAUCUGGGACACAGGUUCGUCAUCAGAUAUGUUUUGCCACAUGAUGCCCUUCUACAGCUACGACAUACCCCAUACUUGUGGUCCUGACCCUAAGAUUUGCUGCCAGUUUGAUUUUCUGCGAAUGUCAGGAUCUGGUGUUACUUGCCCAUGGAGAGUUCCCCCACAGCCUAUUACCAGUUACAAUGUGAAGUCAAGGGCCGAGCUUCUCCUAGACCAGUACCGCAAGAAAGCACAGCUAUUCCGCAGCAAUGUCCUCUUGGUCCCCCUUGGUGAUGAUUUCCGAUAUGUACGUGCUGAAGAGUGGGAUAACCAGUACACCAAUUACCAGAAGCUGUUUGAUUACAUGAAUUCCAGAGAGGAUUUGCAUGUUCAGGCUCAAUUUGGCACUCUUGCGGACUAUUUCCGUGCUCUGCAUGAGGAGACUGAUUCGCCAGCAGGAGAGGAACAGGGGGUCUUCCCAACCUUAUCAGGAGACUUCUUUACUUAUGCUGACAGAGAUGAUCAUUAUUGGAGCGGUUAUUAUACUACACGACCAUUCCACAAGGCUUUGGAUCGCAUACUGGAAGGAUACCUAAGAGGUGCUGAGAUCUUGUACUCCUCAAUGCUAGGAAGUCAGAGUGCAAUAAACACCCCAAUGCCGGAGUUAGCAAACCUCCUGAUGUCUCGUUUGGUUGUGGCUCGCAGGAAUUUGGCUCUCUUCCAGCAUCAUGACGGCAUUACUGGAACUGCUAAGGAUCAUGUUGUUGUGGAUUAUGCAAAGAAAAUGUUGGAGAGUAUCCAUAAUUGCCAGCAUGUGAUUCAGCAGGCAGCACAUUAUCUUCUUUCAUUUGAACAGGAAGUAGGUGCUGAGAUCUUGUACUCCUCAAUGCUAGGAAGUCAGAGUGCAAUAAACACCCCAAUGCCGGAGUUAGCAAACCUCCUGAUGUCUCGUUUGGUGGUGGCUCGCAGAAAUUUGGCUCUCUUCCAGCAUCAUGACGGCAUUACUGGAACUGCUAAGGAUCAUGUUGUUGUGGAUUAUGCAAAGAAAAUGUUGGAGAGUAUCCAUAAUUGCCAGCAUGUGAUUCAGCAGGCAGCACAUUAUCUUCUUUCAUUUGAACAGCGGAGUUAUAAUGCCAAUGCAGGAUCAGUGUACUAUGAAUUAGGGGAGAAAUUCCUGGAGCACAACAAGCUCGCUUCACACAUGAUUGUGGCACUAAGAGAUGGUUCAUCAGUGCCAAUCGUCAUCUACAACCCACUCGCACAGCGCCGUCAGGAGCUCUUCACAAUUAGAACAUCAAGUCCAUAUGUGGAAAUAAUUGAUAGCAAGGAGAAAACUGUGCCAUGUCAGGUGGAUCCUGUCUUCCUUAAAUCAGAAGUAUCGCAGACCAUGUUUGACAUCACUUUCUUGGUUGAUGUACCAGCUGUGUCACUUAUGACAUACACUAUUAAAGCCAGAGAACCAGGAACUGUUAACCCCAAGAUGGUCAUGUUCUCUGAUGUGAUUGUGCGCCACACGGGAGCACCCACAGUACCAAGUGUCUUCACUGUAAUCGAGGAAAAGGACACCAACCCAUUUUCAGUGAAGACAGAUCAAGUCGAAGCUACAUUUAGCAGUAAUGGCUUACUCCAGGCGGUGACAACACAAGGACAGACAAUUCCAGUCUCUUUGGAAUUUGUUAAAUAUGGAGUCAAGAAUAAUCGGGAGACUAGUGGUGCAUACUUGUUCCUGCCAGACAAGGAGGCAGUGCCAGUUGACAUAGGUAGGGCUGGCGUUAUGCUCAUCAAGGGACCUCUUAUGUCAACUGUGUUCAUCCAGUUGAAAAAUGUCCAUCAUGUUGUCAAGAUCAAGAAUUCCCCAGGUGUUGAUGGCAUUGGACUUGACAUCAGUAAUCAUGUUGACAUCACUGCAGAGCACAAUUUCGAGUUUGCCAUGAGGCUAAACACAGGAGUAAAGAAUGAUAAUAUAUUUUACACAGACUUGAAUGGAUUCCAGAUUAUCAAGCGAGUGAGGUACGCAAAGCUACCCCUGCAAGCAAACUACUACCCAAUUCCAUCGCAAGCUUUCAUCCAGGACAAAGAUUUCCGCCUCUCUCUCAUAUCUGCUCAGCCUCUUGGUGGCGCCUCCUUACAAAGUGGACAGCUGGAGAUCAUGAUGGAUCGCCGCCUAAACCAGGAUGACAACCGAGGUCUUGGCCAGGGGAUCCUAGACAAUCUUCACACUGCCAAUAACUUCCGUCUUUUGGUAGAACCAAGGAUCUCCACCAAGGAAUCUGGUCCAGCUCAUGAUGGUCCUGCAGCCUUCCCAUCUCUUGUGGCUCAUGCAGCAACCAACACCCUUCUCUACCCAGUCUACUCUCUGAUACCAGUGUCUAAGGUGGGCCCCAUGCACUCAUCUUGGUCUGUUGGUGGAGAACUGCCUUGUGAUGUCCACAUGGUCAACUUGCGCACCAUGCUAGACCCUCCAAGUACUACAGGUGCUCAGAGAUUGCAACAUCCUGCCGGCAAGACCACAUCCCUCACACUGCAUCGUCUGGGCUUUGACUGCAGUUUGAAAUCCCAGGGACUUUCUUGCUCUACAAAUGGAGGAAAGGUUCGCUUGUCAGAGGUGUUCCCCAACAUGUUCAGUGAGCAGGUGCACCAGAUGUCGUUAUCUAUGUUGUAUGAAGGCGUUGACAUGACAAAAUCAUACACUUUGUCCUUACAGCCCAUGGAGCUUUAUACAUUCAGACUUCUUCUUAGCUAGCUAAUAUGAAACUUUAUUUAGCUAUACUGUUGUGUUGGGCAGCAUUGUUAUUUUAUAUAUAAGGUAUUAAAGGUUUUUUUAUUAAUUUACAUUGACCCCUUUAAAUUCUAUUUAAAGAGUAGUUUUUAUUAUGUUCUUUUAAUUCAAGUCUUUAGAAUCAUAGAAUAAAGUGAAUUUUAAAAGGAGAGUACGUAAAACUGACACCUAUAAAUACAUUUUAGAAAAAUUAUAGUUGGUGUUAUAGUGCGCCCGCCCCCUUUUCUCUUUAGCAAAGACACUAUUUCCCUUAACUCUGGGAACCACUCAGACUUCAUCCAGAGGGGGCACUAUCUUUUAUCACCAAGUGUGGAUUCUUCAAAAGAUAGUUAUAGCUUUGGAACCCACACCAUAAAGAAAUAAUAAUAACUUUGGUUACUUAUGAUAUAACUUCAGCCUUAGAGGUAAUUGAGAGAAGGGUAAUAUCAAAACAGUUAAUGAGCUUACAUCAUUUCCUGAUAUAUUGAAUCAUAAAUCAUUACACUUUCACAACCAAAAGCAUUUCAUCAACAAAAUGUCAAAACUUUCUCCAAAUGAGUGUAGUCCAAGCUGCCACUCUUUUCACUGGUAAUCCUUCUUUGGUCUUUCACCUUUAUAGAUCAGUUUUCUCAAAUUUCUUUUUAUCUUCUCUUCAUCAGUUCAUAGAUGAUAUCUUCUUUACUUUUUGUCCACAGCACCAAGGACAAAAAAUCAAAGCAACAAAAAACCCAUUCCUAAAAAUCUAAGAAUCAAUUAUUCUACUUUAGGAAUGAUAAAGUGAUAUAAAAUUUUCUAAUUUAACUUAAUUAUCUCUUAUAGUGAAAAACAAGCAAAUUAUGUAUAAUGUUUAUGCCAUUAUAUACAGUCUUGAGUAGUUAUAUGCACAUGACAGUAAUUUUGCCUAAACCAUCAUUUUAAUAUUAUUCUAUAAAUUACAAAAACACUUACUUUGAGUGGGUUUUAAACUCUCAGUAAUAAUAAGAGAAUUGUCUGGACGGUGCCCAAGUGCCAUGUGGCAGCCAUUAACUGUGAAGAAGACAUUAACUUUAUCUCUAUUUUCCAGUAUGAUCUCAAUUAAUUACUUUGCUUUUGUUCUGUAAAUCAGAUCUCUUGUAUUUUAUGAUUUUAUUAAUGAUAUUAUUACAAC